ACGUCAGCAUUGGCGAGGCGGUUUCGGUUUCAGUUUAGAUUUCACAGCGGCGAUUUUCAACAAAACUACGCCUAUUUAGACGGCAACUUUGCACCAAGUUUCAAACAUUCCAGUUUCAAUAGCUUUCUCUUUUAUUUUUUAUUCUUUCCUUUCUUCUCUAUAUUCUUUCCGUAACCCCCAACUUGCUCGACGUUUAACCACUGGCGCCUAAACUCUCUCUCUCUCUCUCUCUCUCUCUCUUUCUCUCUCUGUAGUUUGUUUGGCUUCUUUUUAGCCCUUUUAGGUUAUCUUACCCAGUCACGCUUCUUUUUGCUUCACAGUUUCUGCAUUCCAGUUUUGAUUAAUAUUGGAAUCCGUAUUUUGAUUCCAUUCCUUUUCUCUCGUUAUUGUAAUUUUUGAGCGUAGGGGACAGGAAGUUUCUUUAAAUGUUAUGCAAACCAAUGACAGCAUACGACCUAGACCCCGAUGUUGUUCGAUGGAAUCUACAUCUGUUAGAUGUUUGCACUCUGUCGAAUGAUACCUUUGGCAAUAUGGUUACUCAAUAUGAUGCAGAUUUGAGUAGAGUGGAAUACGUUAGAGAAGGUUAUAUUGAGCCUUUUAAUGUAGAGAAUGAUGAGGUUAUAGCUAAAGCUUAUCAAGAAGAGCUGUCAAGACUUGCUAAGGCAGAGGCUUCUGGAUGUCCUAAUCUCGGGGAAGAGAACUUGCAAGCAUCGAUUCUUGCACAGGAUUGGCUUGGCCCUUCAAAAAGACACGGUGAUUCUGUUAUUUUAACAGAAUGCCAACCAUGUGUAGGGCAUGGGGAUGAUUGGAAGACAGAAGAUGGUUAUGGUAGACUAGGGUACUCGGAUGAUCACAUAGAUAAGGAGAAUGUAGCAUUCGAUUAUACAAAAAGUCAAGAGGAGGCGAAUGAUUCUUGUAAAUGGAUAAAUGAAGAAGCAGGGGAUGACAUGGGAACUCUCUUUACACAUACUUACCCCGUGGGGAACUCUGGGAAUGGGGAAGGCUGGUUAUUGGACAUAGCUGAUGAAUCUCCUCUUGAUGGUGAAGUUGGGAGAAGACUGAAUACAAUGGUUCCUGCCCCUCAUGUUCCCAAAACAAAUGAGAAAAUACCUACAGUCGAUGAAGAGCUGUCAGAUCAUGAGAGGCUUCUAGAAAGACUGCAGCUGUAUGAGGUGGUUGAGCAUAAGGUUCAAGGAGAUGGUAACUGUCAGUUCCGUGCUUUGUCAGAUCAGCUCUAUCGUUCUCCUGAUUACCAUGGUGUUGUAAGGGAACUGGUUGUUAAACAGCUCAAGAGUUAUCCAGAGAUGUAUGAAGGUUAUGUUCCUAUGGCCUACGUUGACUAUCUGAAGAAAAUAAGCAAGAAUGGUGAAUGGGGUGACCAUGUCACGUUGCAGGCUGCUGCAGAUUCGUAUGGAAUCAAGAUAUUCGUCAUAACCUCAUUUAAAGAUACAUGUUCUAUUGAGAUCCUUCCACACACUCAAAAGUCCAAAAGAGUUAUUUUCCUGAGCUUUUGGGCUGAGGUGCAUUACAAUUCAAUUUAUCCAGAAGGAGAGCUUCCUCCACCAUAUGAGAAUGAGAAGAAAAAGAAGAAAUGGUGGAAUUGGUGAUGAAGAUUGCACCGUACUUUCGAUCUUUGAGGAAUCCUCAGUGUUUUCCUACUUUCAGAACCCAUGGUGGAGGCAGAUAAUACCGCCAGGCUUUGCAUCUUAUGGAGAAAGAAUGUGGCAUAUGGAUUUUGGUUUUGCGCUGCUGCUGUAAAUGAGAUGCUUCACUGCUUUGUAUUCGUUGUACAUAUUAUCCAAUUUGGUUGUUAGAUGGUUCUUUAUUCCAUUCUGUAUAUAUGACUUUCCGAUUCAUUCUUCA